AUGGCAACCGCGCUCUGGGCAUUGCACCUCGAACAUGACAGAAUCGAGGAUCCCAGGGAAAUGUGGAAAAAACUGAACUUGGUUGUGUGGGGCUGGAUUUUCCUAAAUGCUACAUUCGGAGUCGUCCUGGCAAUGGGGUUGUACUACUACAGGCUGCAGGCCACCAGCGCCGCGUACUCUGUGAACUUCCUGAACCUGAUCCCCAUUGUCACCUUCGUCAUCGCCAUCGUGCUCCGGGCGGAGAAUCUGGCGCUGGGAAUGUGGCCUGGCAAGAUGAAGCUCCUGGGCGCGCUGUUGUGCGUGGGCGGGAUGAUGGUGGUGAGCUUGUUCAAAGGCCGGCUGCUGCACCUGUGGCCUACCCACCUGCUCAAAUACUCACACGACCAGCCACCGGUGAGCUGCACCGGCGUUCACGGCAUGGUCGCCGGCACACUCUUCUUGUGCGGCAGCUGCCUGAGCUACGCCUUGUGGUUCAUCGUGCAGGCUAGGCUUGUGAAGGUGUUUCCAUCAAGGUACUGGGCGACGACGCUGACGUGCUUGCUGGGAAGCCUGCAAUCCUUUGUGAUUGGCAUCUUGCUGAAUCACGACAGGGCUGAUUGGAAGCUCAAGUGGGACCUGCAGCUUCUGCCAAGGGACCAGGAUCAGAUGCAGUUCUAA